AUGCCAUACCCCGACUCUGCAAGCCUGAGCUGCUGCAGAACAUCAUCGACGUCCACAAACCGUCGUCGUCGCCCUAUUUCACCGUCGUCCUCCGUCUUGACCCUCUUGGCUGCCGUUGCCGCCGACUCUUGUGUCAACGCUGCUCCUACUCCCUUUCCUCUCCCUUUCCUCUAUCCCCCAUCUCCCUCGCUACGAAAAGACCACGAGUUGGCAUCCAACCACAAAAAGAAGAAGAAACGCCGUAGUCGCACGAAUUUCCCUGACAAGUAUGUCAAGGGUGACGACGGUCGCUGGCGGAAGACUGAUACAUUCAUUUUCAACGGUUACGCUUUUGGGAACCAGACAGAGGGCUGCGGUUCUAGAACCGCCAUCGACGACGCCGCUACUUCACCUUCAGCCACGAUAUCCUCCGUGACGAUGGACCCCAGUCCCACAUGCGUCAAUGGCACUAGUUUUAUGGAGUGUCUUCCCAAUGGCUGGAAACCCAAGGAUCAUAAUGACAGAACAAGUCUGAUUGUCACUAUAUCCCUCGUCCUCGCCUUCUUCAUCUGUUUUUUCAUCAUUGGGUGCCUUUUAUGGAGAAAGAGCAUGCGGAGAAUGAGAGAUAUAGAACAGAGACGACAUAGGCGGCGGAAGAAGAAGGCUACACGACAAGCAGGAGAAGAAGAGGAAGAAGAAGCACGUUCUAUGUUGGAGAAGGAGAUCAAGACAAAGAAGAAGAUAUGGGCGAAUGCGACUGCAAGAUGGAAAACAAACGCGCAUUACAUGGGUUGGAGGAGGCGCGGUAAACGGACCUACAUUGAUUUCUCGUCACCACAAACUAUUACACCAUCGCGGCCAGCCUCUACGACACAUUCCCGUCCGACUUCUCCUCAAGUGUCGAGAGUGUCGACACCAGAACCUUCACGGCCGUCCUCGAGACGGCCAUCUGUAUCGGAACCAGAACCUUCCUCCUCCUCCCGAUCACCACCUUCACCACCUCCACCACCCAACUCUCCGUCUACGUCACCUCCUGCAUAUCAACACCCUAGAUCAAACACUCAUGCACCUGAUUACUCGCCGCCGCAACAACAAGCAACAACUUCAACAACAAAAGCAUGGACACCGCUUGAGAGCAUCAGUGGCUCGUCGCGGUCGAUCUGUGUUACGACCACGACCACGACAGAAGCUGAUAGCGAGAUUCCUUACACAUCGACUACCGAUUCGGGGCACGUAGCCACGGAUGAUAAGGCGUUCCUUGAGAGGCUUACAUACCAAGCUAGUGCACCACCUGGAGAAGAAGAAUCAAGCAGUAGUGCCGAUCAGAUCUUUGUUCCGGUUUGGAGGGACGAAGAAAUAUCUGAUUUUGUACAUGAAGAGGACGAGGGGAUGUCAACUCCAAAUGGCUUGUUUCCACCACCUCCAAUGCCUUCGCCAUCAGAAAAGGGCAAGAUGGCGAUUUACUACGAUUACACGUUUGAAGAAGAAGGUGAUGGAGGAGAAGGCAGUGCGCCUCCGUUUGAAGAGACGGAACCGAUAGCUAGUGCACCCCCCGAAGAGGACGAACUGGAGUAUGUGGAUGAACCUUCGGUUGGGACUAGCGCUACGGGAGGUACAUUGGAAAGCUCAGGGUCACAUCCAGAGCGAAGAGAUUCGUCGUUACAACAACUUGGAUUGGACUUUGAGAAUGGAAGCUCGCUACCGCACGACUUGCCAGUGUAUCGACCGUGA